UAACUUUAAUGAAAUAAAAUGGCGGCUCUCCUUGGAGGAAAAUUUCGAGUUUUUUCGAGAUGGAAUGCACAACUAAAGUUACCAGGAGAGAGGCACAUAAGUAGCGAGAUACCAGUUCCCGGACUUCCCGAACAGGAUAAGGAUAAUAGGCUAGCAGUGUCAGGCCGAUACCGAAAUCGCAAUCCAAGAAACUUUGAGCUUUUAGGAAUGGCCAAGAAACCUCGAGGAUUCGUUACAUCACCUAAUAGAGUUGACUAUUACCACAGACUAAAUAUAGUGAUAUCAAACCGCCACAUCUCGGCCUACGUCAAUCACAACAACGGUUUUAAAGUACUCGAGUCCUCAACGAGAGAGUUCUCAAUAGCAAAGCACCUAUACAAGACAUAUGACGUAGCAGCUGCUUACAACAUAGGGCGGGUACUAGCAGACAGGUGUAAGGACACUGGUAUAUACAGACUAAUGUGGGACAAUAAGAGGAAGAACCCUAAGAAUUAG